UCCCCCGCUACCUGUAAAUCUGCGAUGCCAUCUCCCGACAAAUGGAUGUGACAGGCGGCCGUCGGAGACCGAGAAAGCCUAAAUCCGUUCUUCAACACAACAACCCUCCAUUUUUUUCCAAACCACAUUUCUUUUAAGGAUAUCUUUAAACUGCGAGCUUUAACGCGAGGAGCGCAUUCAACAGUGUGCGGCGCGGAGCUCAAGUAGCGGACCUGCUGGGAGCUGCGCUGUUAAACAAGGUGGAGGAGUGAGUGAAUCCCUCGACUGCCGAGGACGACACGUCUCUUCAACAUAAUAAUAAUAACAACAAUAAUAUUUAAACAGCGUUACCCAUCGGGGAUCAGGACAAUCGUGUGUCUGCUGUCGCCUCAACUUUUACGUCCUUGCUUAGUGGAGCCAGAUGAGGAGGCAAGGGAGCGGAAGGUGGUUGACUUAACAUGGCUGAGCCGCUGGGGCAUCAGGGGGCGAUGGCUGGAGCUCCCCAAAGCGUCUGAAUCCCAGACCAGUUGAUUGUUUUGGGGGCUGGCAGAUGACCAGAGGCCGAUAAUGUCGAAGAGGGAGAAAUUCAACCCGGAUCCGUCCAUUCACAUAUCCAAGAUGAAUGUCAUCAUUCCGUUUACAUCAGAUGUGCCCUGUGACAGCAACGGCCAACGGAUGUGGUGGGCUUUCCUCGCCUCCUCAAUGGUCACUUUCUUCGGGGGUCUCUUCAUAAUCCUCCUGUGGAGAACUCUCAAAUACAUGUGGACUGUGUGCUGCCACUGUAAUGCCAAAAAGAAGGAUGUCCAUCGGAUCACCACAGGCGAUGGCAUCAUCAAGCGGGCCGGCAAGGAUGACCCGGCGGCCAGCGAGGUGGGCUGGAUGACCUCGGUCAAAGACUGGGCCGGAGUCAUGAUAUCUGCUCAAACACUAACGGGAAGAGUCCUGGUGGUGCUGGUAUUUGCUCUCAGCAUUGGAGCCCUUGUUAUAUACUUCAUAGAUUCUUCUGAUCCUAUUGAGUCCUGUCAGAACUUCUACGAAGACUUCACGUUGCAGAUCGACAUGGCAUUCAACGUGUUCUUCUUGCUGUACUUUGGCCUCCGCUUCAUUGCUGCGAAUGACAAGCUGUGGUUCUGGCUGGAGGUGAACUCAGUAGUGGACUUCUUCACGGUUCCUCCGGUGUUUGUGUCGGUGUACCUGAACAGGAGCUGGCUCGGCUUGAGGUUUUUAAGGGCCUUAAGGUUGAUACAGUUCUCAGAAAUUUUACAGUUUUUGAAUAUACUAAAGACAAGCAACUCAAUAAAGCUGGUGAACCUGUGUUCAAUCUUCAUAAGCACAUGGCUAACUGCGGCAGGAUUCAUUCAUUUGGUGGAAAACUCAGGGGAUCCUUGGGAAAACUUCCAAAAUUCCCAGGCACUUUCCUACUGGGAAUGUGUCUACUUACUCAUGGUUACUAUGUCCACUGUUGGCUAUGGAGACGUUUAUGCAAAAACCACCCUGGGUCGCCUGUUUAUGGUCUUCUUCAUCCUCGGUGGUUUGGCCAUGUUUGCGAGCUACGUCCCUGAAAUCAUAGAGUUAAUAGGAAACCGCAAGAAAUAUGGUGGUUCCUAUAGUGCGGUUAAUGGGAGAAAGCACAUCGUGGUCUGUGGUCAUAUAACACUUGAGAGUGUGUCCAACUUUCUAAAAGACUUCCUACACAAGGACAGGGAUGAUGUCAAUGUAGAAAUUGUUUUUCUCCAUAAUAUUUCCCCUAAUCUUGAGCUGGAAGCCUUGUUCAAGCGCCACUUCACUCAGGUGGAGUUUUACCAAGGAUCUGUCCUGAACCCACACGACCUGGCCAGAGUGAAGAUCGAAUCAGCUGAUGCCUGUUUGAUCUUAGCCAACAAAUACUGUGCAGACCCUGAUGCCGAGGAUGCAUCCAACAUCAUGAGAGUAAUAUCUAUCAAGAACUACCAUCCAAAGAUCAGAAUAAUCACUCAAAUGUUGCAGUACCACAAUAAGGCCCACCUUUUGAACAUCCCGAGCUGGAACUGGAAGGAAGGAGAUGACGCUAUUUGCCUUGCGGAGCUAAAGCUGGGGUUCAUCGCUCAGAGCUGCCUGGCUCAGGGCCUCUCCACCAUGCUGGCCAACCUUUUCUCCAUGAGGUCCUUCAUCAAGAUUGAAGAGGACACGUGGCAGAAGUAUUACCUGGAAGGAGUAUCCAAUGAGAUGUACACUGAGUACCUGUCGAGUGCCUUUGUGGGCAUGUCCUUCCCUGUAAUUUGCGAACUCUGCUAUGUAAAGCUAAAGCUGCUACUGAUAGCUAUAGAGUACAAGUCUGAUCAAAGGGAAUGCAGCACCCUGAUAAACCCUGGAAACCAUAUGAAAAUGCAGGAGGGGACAUUAGGCUUCUUCAUUGCCAGCGAUGCCAAAGAAGUAAAGAGGGCGCUGUUUUACUGUAAAGCCUGCCAUGAUGACAUUAGUGAUCCCAAAAGGAUAAAGAAAUGUGGAUGCAAGAAAUCUAAAAAUAGCUAUAAUGGAUAUAUCAAAUCAAUUGAAGAGGACCAACAGUCGGCGUUGUCUCCUAAAAAAAAGCAACGUAACGGAGGCAUGAGAAAUUCUCCAAACUCCUCACCCAAGAUAAUGAGACAUGAUCCGCUCCUCAUCCCAGGGAACGAGCAGAUUGAGAGCAUGGACGACAAUGUAAAGAAAUAUGACUCCACAGGGAUGUUUCACUGGUGCCCAUCCAAAGACAUCGAAAAGGUCAUCUUGACCCGGAGCGAGGCAGCCAUGACUGUUCUGAGCGGCCACGUGGUCGUGUGUAUAUUUGGAGAUGUGAAAUCGGCGUUGAUUGGUCUCCGAAACUUUGUCAUGCCUCUGAGAGCAAGCAACUUUCACUACCAUGAGCUGAAGCACAUCGUGUUUGUUGGCUCACUUGAGUAUCUUAAGCGGGAGUGGGAGACUCUUCACAAUUUUCCAAAGGUCUCCAUUUUACCUGGCACACCGUUGAGCCGGGCAGAUCUGAGGGCUGUCAACAUCAACCUCUGUGACAUGUGUGUCAUUCUGUCAGCCAAUCAGAACAAUAUUGACGAUGCAUCACUGCAGGACAAAGAAUGCAUCUUGGCGUCACUCAACAUCAAAUCCAUGCUGUUUGACGACAGCAUCGGGGUCUUGCAGGCUAAUUCCCAAGGCUUCACACCACCAGGAAUGGAUAGAUCCUCUCCUGAAAACAGCCCAGUCCAUGGAUUAGUGAGGCAGACUUCUGUCACAACUGGAGCAAAUAUUCCCAUCAUAACCGAACUAGUAAAUGACUCUAACGUUCAGUUCCUGGACCAAGAUGAUGAUGACGACCCUGACACAGAGUUAUACCUGACUCAGCCUUUUGCUUGUGGGACAGCCUUCGCCGUCAGUGUGCUGGAUUCCUUAAUGAGUGCUACAUACUUCAAUGAUAAUAUCCUCACCUUGAUCCGGACGUUGGUAACAGGCGGGGCAACGCCGGAGCUGGAGGGGCUGCUGGCAGAGGAGAAUGCGUUACGGGGCGGCUACAGCACGCCACAGACACUGGCGAACAGGGACAGGUGUCGUGUGGCACAGCUGGCCUUGUACGACGGGCCCUUCGCCGACCUCGGGGAUGGUGGUUGUUAUGGUGACCUGUUUUGUAAAGCCCUGAAAACAUACAACAUGUUGUGCUUUGGCAUCUAUCGGUUACGAGACGCACAUCUUAACGCACAAAGCCAAUGUACCAAACGGUAUGUCAUAACCAAUCCACCAUAUGCGUUUGAGCUGGUGCCCUCAGACCUGAUAUUCUGCCUGAUGCAGUUUGACCACAACGCUGGCCAGUCUCGAGCCAGCCUCUCCCACUCUUCCCAUUCAUCCCAUUCCUCCAGCAAAAAGAGCUCCUCUGUCCACUCUAUCCCAGCCACCAACCGCACCAACCGCGCCAAAAGCAGGGACUCACGAGACAAACAAAAAAAAAAGACAUGGUUUACAGAUGAGCCAGAGAAUACCCACCUGAGGACCAUGCAGAUCAAGCCUGUGAAUAAGCUCGCCAUCAACCAAGUCAGUCAGUAUAAAUCCACAAGCAGCUUGAUUCCAACCAUCAGAGAAGCAGAAGAUGAGUGCUGAGCUUCUGGACAUCUGGACUCCCAGAAGACUCAUCGUGUAGUUGUCAGACUGGGAUUCAGGUGAUCUUCUCAUCUGCAAACAUAAAUCAUUAAUUGACGAAGAUGAGACUAACACAAACUGCUUUCCUCAUUUACCUCUGCAGCUUAUUGUACAAGCAGAUUUAUAAUCAUACAAGAAAUAUACAUGAAGACAAUCAUAGUUAAAUGUCUCAACCACUCAACUAUUAGUUGCAUAGCUAAUCUUUAAUGGUGACCAGACUCCAUGACUUUUUGUUCCAUUUUGGGGAAUGAGUGUCACUUGAAGGAGCAAUGUAAAAAUAACUACUACUACUUAAAGAGAUGAUUAUUAUAACUGGAUCAAGUUUUGCUAUUGUAAAGGUUGCAUUUUUAACUGCUGAUGAACACUAAUACUACUACUACUACUACAUUGACUUAACCUGGUGUUGCAGAGUUAUUCUGUACAGUAUGUUAAGAUGUGUAUUUUACAUCGAGCUGUAAUCCCACCACAAUGGCAUUGUUAGUGACUGACUCAGUGAUUCCUUUGCCAUUUGGAGCUAAUUCACAACAUUUGUGACAGUUAAGAUGGCCAGUGUCCAUGUGUAAAUGGCAUUUGGCUCCAGCCUUAUCUUUAUCAAUUUAUAUUUGUCUUAUCUUUGCCUUUUUGAGUCGUUUGUUAUAAGUUAUUUCAUGUUGCGAUUUGGUUGCAAUGUCCAAAAUCCCAGAAAUCGUAUUAAGUAAAGCUUUUAAGUAUAGAU